ACUUUCAUUCUCCUCCUCCACUCCUGUCCUGGACCUCCAUCACCACCACCGCCUCCAUUCACCCUUCCUUUCCUCCACCACCCCUGCUACCCCCGUGUCUUGGGAAGGGGGAGGGGGGCAGACGUAUUGGCGACCGGGAAGACCCAGUGCAUAGCCUACCUGUCAGCGAGUUCUCUCCCACGGCCUUUACGAUUCCAGCUACAUGGGCAAACGCCUGGAGCAGCAGCCAAUGUACCCCCAGUACACCUACUACUACCCUCAUUAUCUCCAACCUAAGCAGUCCUAUGCUCCACCCCCCUCACCCAAUGGCUCCGCCUAGCCCCAGCACCAACAGUUGCAGUGGCCCUGAGCAGCUCAGUAAGACCAACCUGUACAUCCGAGGCCUCCCCCCAGGGACCACAGACCAAGACCUGAUCAAGCUGUGCCAGCCAUACGGAAAAAUAGUUUCAACAAAAGCAAUCCUGGACAAAAACACCAAUCAGUGUAAAGGCUACGGCUUCGUGGACUUCGACAGCCCAGCGGCAGCUCAGAAGGCCGUGCUGUCACUCAAGGCCAGUGGCGUGCAGGCCCAGAUGGCCAAGCAACAGGAGCAGGAUCCCACGAACCUGUACAUCUCCAACCUGCCGGUGUCCAUGGAUGAGCAGGAGCUGGAGAGCAUGCUGAAGCCUUUCGGACACGUCAUCUCCACGCGGAUCCUGCGGGACGCCGGAGGGGUCAGCCGCGGGGUCGGCUUCGCCAGAAUGGAGUCUACAGAGAAGUGUGAAGUGGUGAUACAACAUUUCAACGGGAAGUACCUGAAGACACACCCAGGCAUUCCAGCGCCCACCGAGCCUCUGCUCUGCAAGUUUGCUGAUGGCGGUCAGAAGAAGCGCCAGGGUCAGAGCAAAUACCCGCAGAACGGCCGGGCGUGGCAUCGAGACGAGAGCGGAAUGGCGAUAACCUACGACCCCACCGCAAUGCAGAACGGAUUCUACUCGCCGCCCUACAGCAUCGCCACAAACCGUAUGAUCGCGCAGGCAUCCAUCACGCCAUUCAUCGCCACCUCGCCAGUCUCGACAUAUCAGGUUCAGAGCACAUCAUGGAUGCCUCACCAACAAUACGUUAUGCAACCGACGGGGACCGUAAUCACGCCAGCCAUGGAGCACAGCAUGUCCAUGCAGCCAGCCAGCAUGAUGGGCCCUCUCACCCAGCAAAUGAACCAUCUGUCCCUGGGCACAGCAGGAAGUUAUAUGACCACCGCUGGCCCGCCUAUGCAGGGAACCUACAUUCCCCAGUACACUCCUGUGCCUCCAGCCGCCGUCCCAGUGGAAGGCGUGGUCGCUGACGCCUCACCUCAGACGGUGGCCCCCUCAUCGCAGGAGGCCGGCGGACAGCAGCAGGUACAUGUUGAGCCCGCCAGUGACCAUGUUCCUGCCUACUCGUACCAGUCCAAGUAACGCGAGCGAUCCUGUGACAGAGCUGCCCUGAGACGGGGGACGUGCACUGAGACCCGAGGAGAGAGGUGGCAUCCAGACGGACCGGGCACCGGACACAUCCCUUCCCGAAAGCUGUCCCAGGACGGGAGUGGGGGCUUCGCCUGGUGCCCGCAGCUACGUCACACUGAGGCUUGAAACAUUUUUCCAUUUUUCCAAGAGAUUCAUCAAAUUCAAAAACAGGCUGAAAAGCCAACAAAAAAAUGUUUGAGUGUGUGAGUAGGUGACUUAUACUGAAGGAAGGCGCAAGUUUCCAAAAAACAGCCUGUCUUCCUCAGACAAUAAGAUAAUCUUUCUUUUAAUUUUUUUUCUUACAUUAAAUGUUAGAGUUUUUUUUUUUUAGAGAACUUCAGAAGUGUUUUUUUCAUGAAUCUUUAUUGCCUUAAUUUUAAGGACGACAGAGACUUUCCCCAAGGUUCAAUCAAGCAUCAUUUGAAAUAAAACAUAAAUGGAAUUAAAUGAAUUUGUCCCGUGAAGCAGCUGAUGGUCCUCUGUGCUACCAGAGGAGACUCCGGGAGGGUCGUCUGAUAAAUAAGCUAAACGGACUUAACAGAGGGCAGUUUUUUAUCUUCGCUAGAAGAAAACGUUAAAUAUCACAUGUCAAUGGCAAAAACAAAAGUAGGGAGAAAAUCUCCAUAAGUGGGGCAUCAGAGUUUUACUAAGAGGGAAAAAUACCGCGUUACGGAAAAUGCUAGAAGGUUCCGCCUGUUUUUUUUUAUUAUUGUUAUGGUUAUGACUAUGAUUUCAGUGGGCAGAAUUGCUGUUGAUGACUUACUGCUUUUUAUCUGUGACCUUUUUUAUGAGCUUUAAGAUGUUUUUAGUCUGCUUUGCUUGUCACACUGAAAAAAAAAAAAACGACAAAAAAAAGGUAAAAAAAUAAAACUCGCGGUGAAAAGUACAUAGAUGCCGUAGGAGUCAAUGGUUUAACCUAAUCAAUAUAAAAGCAAUAGGACAAAUCGUUGGCAGUGUCUCUAAUCUUUCGUAGUUGUGGAUCAAAUGCAGGCCGAAGAGCCAUUUUUAUACCAAAGAUGAAGAAGAACUGAAACAGAUGUUUGACUUUUUUCCAGGUAUAUUUUCUAAUUUCCCUGGCUGUCGUCGCCCGUGUCGUUGCGAUUGUAGGUUGUUGUCGUCGCUGUCGCUGUUGUUGUUGUUUUUCCUUCCCGGUUGACGGCCAGGUUGCUCAGCGGCCCUCCCCUCUUCAGCUUCCUUUCCUCUUUUUUUAUGGACUGUUAACGCUGACACGCAGCCGCAGUGACAGGAGGCUGAUCAUCCUGCCAACGUCUCCCAAAGCGGGGAGACCGGCAUUCCAGUAGUGCAGAGCCGGGAUUCACCCACCCAGAAAGAAAAGCCGGGGGCAUUUAUAGGGGAGGGGAGGGUGACAAGCCGGGAUCUGUGUAUGCAGGCUGUCCCUGCCUGAGGGGUCCGGUCACAUGACACAUGAGGCGAUGGGCAAAUGGCAAGGCCAGUGUUCACAAACCCACGGAAGCCAUUUCCCACAUUCGUCAUAAAGGAAAAAAAUCCACAUCCACCCCUUGUGUAUGUAUGUGUGUGCGCGCACGUGUGUGUGUGUGUGUGUGUGUGUGUGUGUGUGUGUGUGUGUGUGUGUGUGUGCGCGAGUGUGUGUGGUUUUGUGUGUGUAUAAACUUUCCAGGCUACCUCAGUUUCUGUUGUGUCAUGGUGUAUGCAGACAAAAAACAACAAUGCUUCUUAAAAGGCUGGGAGUGCAGUGGCAUUUUGGUGACAUUUUGGAUCUAUGGCCUCCCCAGUUGUGGGCAGAAUGACAGUAAUGACAUGGGGGAGGGGGGGAGUAAAAUCUGACGAGGUGGCCUGGUGAAUGGGGCGUUGCUGGUGGAAAGGACAGGACCCUGAAAUUUCCUCACGCUGAUGGGAGGCCGGCCAGCCCCCAGAGGGCCGAGGGAGACGGUAAAUGUAGGCCUUCAGUGCUCCACCAUCACACCAUCAACAUGGCGCCAUUAAGACCCUCCCUGGCCCUCAAACCCCAUUUCACAGCCUCCCAGUAUGACCUACAUCAGUUUUCAGUCUCCCACUGUGACCCACCCCAGUUCACAAUCUGCCACUAUGACCCAGUCUCGCGCGCAUCCUCCCAAACCGUCCCAACCCAGUAAUCUGUCCCCUUACGACCGGCAUUGUCCAGCUGAAACUGCUACAUUACUAUCAAAAGAGGUGGCCCUUAGUGCCCUUUCCAGGUUUUUAAGACUCAGUUUCCCAUGAAUACUUGGUGCUAUGAAAAGACAAAGUAUGGCAAAUUGCACACUGGGAAACGUAUGAUACUGCCAGUUACUAAUUGGGAAUCAGGAACUGAAGCUUGAGUAAGCUCAUUUUUAGCGGGGUAGACUCCUAGCACAGUAAACAUGAGAAAGUGCAUUUUAAAUUGCUGGAUUUGCUUGGAUGGGGAUCCUGAUCAAUCAGGCUUCUGGCCCACAGGAGCCCCUGUUCACAGGAGCUGCUUUACAGCGUCCGGCUGCCUUCAGAACACUUCCGUCGGUGCUAGUUUGUGUUGGGGUGGUUCCUCUUCUACCGUUUACUUUUUUAUUUCUGUGUGAUUUUUUUUUCCCUUAAGAAUAAAAUCUAAAUAUUGCUCUGGAUUCAGGCUCUUGUUUUCGGGAGAAAUGUUAACACCUGAGAGUUCUUGGGGGCAAACCUCUCGUCGCUUUAUGGCUGUCGAUCAAAAAGGGAACGUACACCGAUGCAGCUGAAGCAAUUGAUUCCACAAAGGCUGGGAACAUUUAGCAUAUUGGGUUAGCAGCUCUUAAAUAUGGAUAUUUUAAUGGAAACAAUCUUUCAAGGAAACAAUGAAUUUCUGCUUUAUGGAGGAAAAGCCUUUGUGGAAUUCCAGUGGAAUGAAAAAUGGGAAAAAGCUGGUGAGUGGCUGUCACAGUCUCAAAAGCAUAGGAUCCACAAAUGUCGUCUUCCUGUACAAACAGUUAAGUCCCGCCCCAUCCUCGCUUCCUCACGCUUUCAUUGGUGGUGACUGAUGUGCAAUAGGAGUACAGCAUUUCAUGCCUGUCACUGUCAGUCAUCAAACAUCAUUCUUUAAACAACCUCAAGACAUAUGAUGUUGAUGCCUCAACAAACGUCGGGGUCUCAGAGAGGCUGUAGGCUUUAAGUCCACAGUGUGACAAUUUUUGGAAGAUGAAUCACAGUCAAAUCAAAAAUGUGUUGCCAUAACUUGGGCCUUUUCCAAUCCUGCAAACUUAACAUCUCUGGCAGCAGGUUCUGGAAGAAGGUACCUCUGUUCAAAGCACUAACUGUGUCCAGGACUUACCCAGGUUGAGUGCUGACCUCUGUGAACUACGCAGAGCACAGGGCAGGUAAGAUGAAGGCCUGUGGUCCUGUCUGAUGCAGAGACCUACAGAAUCUUUUCUUUCAGCCAGAAAUCUGGGUAGGAUGUUUGGGUCUGAACAUCCCUAAACACUAAAUGGAGACCCUUCCACUUCGCGGUCGUCCUGCAGUGGCGUUCAGCCGUUAGCUCUUCUGUUUCAGGCUGAUAAGGUGCUCAGGUUGAAACCUAAAUCGCCAUGAAUAUUAACCUUUUGUUGGAAGAUAUUUAAAAAUGUAAAUAUUCUUGAAAAUACCUUUCAGAGUCUAAAAAUAACUAGAAAUAUCGUUGAGAAUGGGAGAAAUCUCUAUUCCCAGAAAUCGGUCACAGGAAAAUCAUAACAUCGGCUUGGUAAAACUGUACAGGGCGAAAAACAAACUACCCCUUAAAACCACAAGUCCCUUGCCAUGGUGUUUGCUGGCAGGGAAACAUUGUCAGGGACUAAUCGUCCUUAAUAGUGUUAAAAGAAAACAUAGACAUGACUGACAUCUGAAAGGCGGCGCUGUGCAUGGAAAUGUGUGUCUGUGAUUCGCAGGCGGUUCAUGAGGCUCUCAGACACUCUCAGAUCCCGGGAGGAUGUAGUCUGCUUUCAGGACACGGUACUGGAACAGGAGAGAAUGUUCCGGUAGUGCCAGUGUUGGACUGUGCAGGCAGUGGGAUUCCCAGUGUGCGUCAGGCUUUAACACGCAAUCAUGGCUGCCACCCCCCCCCCACUGCAACUUCUAUGAAGAGGCACUCCCUCCCUCCAAAUCCACACUCUCAGAAACUCACUCCAUCGCCCCCUGCUGGUAGCAAGCUUCACUAAUGUCACACACCUCGAGGAGAGGGCCAAUCUCUCCCAUCCAGUCUGUACCAUGUAGUACCUCGGUGAAGGGGGGGGGGGAGAAAUGUGUGUGUGGACACCUUGGAAUUAACUCUCUGUCUCUGCUUUAAGGGAAAUCCCAUUACUGGGGGAAGGAUCGAGGAACCCAACAUGACAGAUAUAUGUCUACUGGAGGAAAGGGGGGGGUAAAUGCCGCGGGUCCUUCAGGUUCGACAUGUCAGAGGAAUGAUGUGUGUGUGUGACAAGGGAGCUCGCUGUUUAGCCAAAUAUUAUACGCUGAAUAUCGAUUAGACCCACCCAUGCGAGUUUGGCUCCAGAAAAUUAAAAUUACUGGCAGUAAGGAAGAAAAGAAAACUAUUAGACAUUAAAUUAUAAAGAGAUUCAUAUUUAUGUAAUCCUUUUUGUUGGCAUGUUUGAAAGAGGUCAACUGAACAAGUGCUUCUAUGAAGAUUAUAUUUAUUAUUAUUAUUUUUACAUUGGAGAUGCUGUCACAGUCACAGUCACAGUCACAGUCACCCUCGUGCCCCUCGUGUCUUUGGAUGUGAUACAGAGAUUUUCUGUCUAUGGAUGCUAAUUUCAAAAUUCUGUUUAAGUUCGAAUAAACUCUUUGAGGAAGCUUUCAAUAAAAAAAAAUUGAAAAAUAAAA